CCCACGAGUAGGGAAAAAAUGUCCCUUGCCCAGGGGCUUGAGAGUCAUAGAGCUCGGAAAAGACCCAGGGUGUUCCUGGGAAACCUGAUGCCCUCUCUCCUGCCUUAUUCUGAGCUCAGCAGCUCAGCCCCCUUGGGCGGUUGCCCCAUCCCAUCUCCUGAUCUAAGUGCAGCACUGACAGCUCACAGGCUAGAGGGAGAUUGCAGGAGGGCAGCCUCAUUGUGACCUAGAGACAACAUCAGCGCCUGCCUGAUGCCAGAGCAGCAACCUGCCCUCAGGUGUAGCCUGGGUACUUGUUUCUGGUUUGAGAGUGUCAGUGGUUCUUAGUGCCUGAGCCUGGCGAAAUGAGUUCACUCCUCCUAUAUGUCAACUCUGCCUCCUGCCUAACGAUCCUGAAAUUCACGCUGCUCUUUCUUGUCUUUUAUGCUGUGCUGAGGCUCCCCAGAUCUGAGGCCAUGGCUGUGGGCAGCCUGCUCUUCCUGGCGGUGCUGGUCAUUGUGCACCACCCCCCGAGGGUCAGUGACAAGCAGGACCUGGCAACAGUGCAGCGGGCGCAGCAGCAGGAGCAGCGGCUGGCCCUGGAGAUGACGCACCUGGAGCUGGAGUUUGAGCAGAGGAACCAAGCGAAGAGACCGGGCCCACACCAGAGCCUGGGGCCAAACCAGAGCCAGGGGAAGAAGGGGCCGAAUACGUGGCCUGGGAUGGGUGGCCCUGUGCGCUCCUGGUUAUUCUCCUGAUCUUUGAGCUCUGCAUGCCAAGCCUGGAGCCCGAGUCCAGCUAUGACUCCGGCAGCGAGGAUACCAGCAGCGAGGAGGAGGAGGACGAUGCCGAAGCAGGGCCCGGGGGCUCCUGCACCUGUCAUACUGACUUCCCCGACAGAGCGGCCCUGUGGCACUGUUAUGAACAGCACC